CAACAAAUAAAUGCGAUGCAGAGGUUGAGUGGGAGACGAGCCAGCAGUCUCCGUACAGAGGCGUCAAGCUGGUCAGGGUUGUUGACAAUGGCCAGGAAGCGAAGCUCCAGGACCACCUUCUUCCUCCUGUCUCUUCUCUUCCUCGCUGCCUUCACUCUCUUCGCUCCUCUCCCUUCCCUCUCCUCUCUCUCCCCUCCCCUCCCUACUUCGUCUCCGAUCAGGGUCAUUGGUCAAAAGUUUGAGAUCAAGAACGACAAAUUUUGGAAAGAUGGUCAACCUUUCCAGAUUAUUGGUGGUGAUUUGCAUUAUUUCCGGGUUCAUCCUGAGUACUGGGAAGAUAGGCUGUUGAGAGCAAAGGCAUUGGGCUUGAAUACCAUUCAAACUUAUGUUCCUUGGAAUCUGCAUGAACCAAGACCUGGAAAACUGGUUUUUGAGGGUAUUGCAGAUAUAGUUGCAUUUCUCAAACUCUGUCAGAAGCUGGAUUUUCUUGUUAUGCUUCGACCAGGACCUUAUAUAUGUGGAGAGUGGGAUUUGGGGGGGUUUCCUGCCUGGCUGCUUGCCGUUAAUCCGCCUCUCAGAUUAAGAUCAUCGGAUCCUGCCUUCCUUCGUUUGGUUGAUAGAUGGUGGGGAAAUCUACUUCCACAGAUAGCUCCUCUUCUUUAUGACAAAGGAGGCCCUAUUAUAAUGGUUCAGAUUGAAAAUGAAUAUGGUUCAUAUGGGGAUGAUAAAGCUUAUCUUCAUCACCUGGUUGCAGUGGCCAGAAGACACCUUGGGAAUGAUCUAAUAUUGUAUACUACAGAUGGAGGUUCUAGGGAAACUCUUGCAAAAGGCACCAUUCGUGGAGAUGCUGUCUUUUCAGCUGUUGACUUCUCAACUGGUGAUGAUCCACGCCCUAUAUUUCAGUUGCAAAAGGAGUACAAUGCACCAGGAAAGUCUCCACCUCUCUGCGCGGAGUUCUAUACAGGUUGGCUUACACACUGGGGGGAGAAUAUUGCAAGUACUGGUGCUGAUUUUACAGCCGCUGCUCUUGACAAAAUUUUGUCUCUGAAGGGUUCCGCUGUGCUUUAUAUGGCACAUGGUGGGACAAACUUUGGAUUUUACAAUGGUGCCAAUACUGGUGCAGAUGAGUUGGACUACAAGCCUGACCUUACUUCCUAUGAUUAUGAUGCACCAAUUAGAGAAUCUGGUGAUGUGGACAAUGCGAAGUUCAAAGCAUUGCGAGGGGUUGUGAAGCGACACAGUGCAGCAUCUCUUCCUUCAGUUCCUUCCAACACUGAAAAGAGAGGAUAUGGACCCAUCCAGUUACAGAAAACUGAAUCUUUGUUUGAUUUAAUUGAUAAAAUAGAUCCUAUUGGUGUGGUUGAAUCUGAAAAUCCAACUUCAAUGGAGUCUGUGGGACAGAUGUUUGGAUUUUUAUUAUAUACAUCAGGAUAUGCAGCAAAGGACCAAGGAAGCAAUUUGUUCAUACCAAAUGUGCAUGAUAGAGCUCAGGUUUUUAUUUCAUGCCCUUCUGAAGAUAAUGGUGGAAGACCAACAUAUGUAGGUACAAUUGAAAGAUGGUCAAAUCAGAACCUGAGCCUUCCUGAUACUAAAUGUGCUUCCAAAAUCAACUUAUUUGUUUUAGUUGAAAACAUGGGACGUGUAAAUUAUGGGUCACACUUGUUUGACCAGAAGGGUAUUUUGUCUCCUGUUUAUCUGGAUGGGAAUGUUCUGAAGAGUUGGAAGAUUGUUGCAAUUCCUUUCCAAAACCUGAAUGAGGUGUUGGAUAUCAAGCCCAUCAAGGAGAUUGCACAUUCCAGAAUCAAUAAAACAUUGGCCCUUACGAAUAUAAAAAAUACUGAGGAGGUUUCCAUAGAACCAGCACUCUAUGCUGGCCGUUUUGUAGUUGAUGAAACAAAAGACACAUUCAUAUCAUUCAGUGGAUGGGGUAAAGGGAUCGCAUUUGUCAAUGAAUUCAACAUAGGAAGAUUUUGGCCGUCAACUGGACCACAGUGCAACCUCUAUGUCCCUGCUCCAGUGCUUAGACAUGGGGAAAACAAUCUGGUCAUCUUUGAAUUAGAAUCACCAAACUCUGAGCUUGUGGUUCACUCAGUUGAUCAUCCAGACUUCACAUGCCGUUCAAGCAGUUCUAGCUUGCUCUGAAAACAAGCGACCAGGUCUGGAAAAAGGUCGUUCCAACUUGAAUCCCCAAGGCCAAAACACAGAAAACACACUUGUAGAUCUUCCACACGCAUGUUGAAAGGCAUGCUGUCAUGCUGCAUGUCCACAGGAUAUAUAUAUAUAUAAUUGAAUAUAAAUCCAGUGCAGCCUCUACUACUGAAAGCUGCUGGGAGGCUUCCCCUCCCCUCCCUUUUUUUUUUGUAUAAGCAAUGAUGAAAUUAUAAUUCAUUAUGAUUUAUUGAACAAUAUAUUCCAGCAUUGAACAAAUUUUCUCCA